AUGGCCAAAAUAUCAUGUUCUUAUUAUUUCCUCAUAAUCAUGCUUGUGUUCUCAGUGUAUUCAGCGGUUGAGAAAGCUAAGGGAAAUCUAUGUACUAAAAUCAUUAAUCCAGAAACUCCAUACUGUGACCUUGUUGACUGUCGUCUAAACUGCUAUAUGGGAUACAAUGGAGUUGGAAAAUGUUUGAAAACCAAAGUUGGUAGACAUCCUAAAUGUGUUUGUACAUAUAAUUGUUAA